AUGGCCGCCAAAUCACGGUUUACAAGGCUUGAUGCCUUCGCAAAAACAGUUGAAGAUGCUCGCGUUCGUACAACAUCCGGCGGAGUCGUUACUUUGGUAUCAUUACUUGUUAUUUUCUGGUUAGUAUGGGGGGAAUGGGCUGAUUACCGCCGGGUUGUGGUAGUUCCCGAGUUGAUUGUAGACAAGUCACGAGGAGAGAGAAUGGAGAUCCAUUUGAAUAUGACUUUCCCCAGAUUGCCAUGCGAAAUGUUAACGCUGGAUGUCAUGGACGUCUCUGGUGAGCAACAGGUCGGAGUUGCUCAUGGCGUAAACAAAGUACGUUUGAGUUCCGCCGCCGAGGGCGGUCGAAUCCUUGAUAUAGAAAAACUUGAACUCCAUGCGAAGAACGAAGUAGCUAUACACCUCGACCCUGAUUACUGCGGCGAAUGUGGAGGAGCGCCAGCCCCGGACACCGCGAAAAAGCCAGGAUGCUGCAACACAUGUGAGGAAGUUCGAGAGGCCUAUGCUGUGAAACAAUGGGCUUUUGGCAAGGGCGACAACAUUGAACAGUGUCUACGAGAAGGCUACGCCGAAAAAAUUGAUGCGCAGCGCAAAGAGGGCUGUCGCCUUGAAGGUGUCCUUCGCGUGAACAAAGUCGUUGGUAAUUUCCACAUUGCGCCCGGUCGUAGUUUCACCAGCGGAAAUAUCCAUGCGCAUGACUUGGAGACAUACCUUGACAAAAGCUUGGAAGGAAAUGACAAGCAUACCAUGACACACAUCAUUCAUCAGCUGAGAUUUGGCCCUCAGCUCUCCGAUGCAAUUGCCCAGCGUUGGCAAUGGACAGAUCACCACCACACCAACCCUCUGGAUGACACGAAACAAACAACUGACGAGCCAGGCUACAACUUUAUGUAUUUCGUUAAGGUUGUGUCAACAUCAUAUCUCCCCUUAGGAUGGGAUACUACCCGAUCCAAUCUCGUUCAUCAAGAUCACGAGGAUACGCCACUAGGCUUGCACGGUGCAGCAUACGGCACAGCAGGUAGCCUUGAAACACAUCAAUACUCUGUGACAUCUCACAGGCGGUCUCUUUCCGGCGGCGAUGACGCCGCAGAGGGCCACAAGGAACGCAUUCAUGCGCAGGGCGGUAUUCCCGGCGUAUUUUUCAACUACGACAUCUCUCCGAUGAAAGUCAUCAACCGGGAAGACCGUCCCAAGAGCUUCACAGGCUUUUUAACUGGUGUCUGUGCUGUGAUCGGUGGUACCCUGACUGUCGCUGCUGCUGUCGAUCGGUUUUUGUAUGAAGGCGUAUUGAGAGUGAAGAAGAUACACACGAAUUGA